UUGAUGCCGAGUAUAGCAAAUAAUCAUAGCUUAUUUGGCUGAACCAAACUGUGCAGAGUAGUUAACAAAUUUAAUGCAUUACUAGUUUAGCGUUUGUACCUUAGCUCAAAAUACAACCUAUUGUUAGUUAUGCAAUAGAAGCUAGCGCAGUUUAUUCGGUAUUCGUCUUUGUAAUAUAAUUGGAAGCAUUUUUAUAUGGCGCAGUGAGUGACAGACCGUUGGUUAAGAGUUGCUAAAAAGAAGAAAAAAGAACGUCAAGCAGAACAAUACAUUUUCGGAAAGCACGCAAGUACAUUGUUUGAACCUUUUGUGGUUGCGGACAAAAUGGCGUUUAACCAGAAGAAUCCGCCGUGGCAACGAAAUGCAGGCCAUCAAAACAUGUCGAACAUGCAAGCAAUCGUUGGCUUCCCGCAGGCGCAGCCUGUGUAUAAUCCUAACAUAGGCUUGCAACAGCAGCAGAACAUUUCUAUUCUGCCGCAAAUGGGCAUGCAGCAGCAGCAGGCUAUCUACUCGCAAACGGUACAGUAUCCGACCAACAGGCCAGUCAAUGCGAUCGGCUUCCAAAAUCAGCCGCAGUCGCAACCGGCGCAGUUGCCGGUCAGUCAGAACUCGUCCAAGUUCAACCCGAGCCAGCGCAACUUCAGCGGCACCGGGAUGGUUACAAAGGUACAGGUAGACUUUGGCUUCAUCGACGAUGAGGUGUUUUUCCACAAGAAUUCUUGCGUCAAGGGUGUGUUUCCGAAGGUUGGCGAUCGCGUGCUGGUCGAUGCGGCCUACAAUUCGAACAUGCCUUUCAAGUGGAACGCGUCGCGUGUCCAGGUGCUCAACGGUUCGAACACAAACUCCUCCUCCUCGGUCGGGCAUUCCCAUUCGUCGCACGCCCGCUCGCACACCUCGAUAUACAGCAAAAGCCAUUCGAGCCAUACCUCCGAGUCGCGCUCCUCGAACGUCCGGAAUCGCUAUAGUUCUCCAAGCCGGAAGUCACUGGAUAGGCACCGUUCGUCGGAUCGGCCGAAGGAUGACUACGACGACUCGGACCGACGGCGAAAGCGCGACGACCGAGACAGCGAUCGAUCGACGUACCGGGAGAAGCACCGUGACCGUUCAUCGGAUCGUGGCCGCGAACGGGAGCGUAGCCCGAUCCGCAAACCGUCGCCCAAGCGGCGCCGGGUCCGCUCCGUGCCACGAUACAUGGUACAGGUCCCGAAGCACCUUUUGACAAUCAAACAAGCGGACGUGCUUGAGCUACGCCGGCGGUACAACAAUCUUUACAUUCCGUCCGACUUCUUCGUCUCGGACAUACGCUGGUCGGAGGCGUUCCCACCCGACGCACCGUUCUCCAUUCGUAGUCCGUGCUUUUUCCACGUGAUGCACAAGGACGUCGAACCACCGCCGGCACUGACAGCGGGGGCGAGCGAAACGGGGGAUGCCAGUGCCGAUCCGCCCGAUGCGGACUACCUGUUCAGCGCCAAGGUGAUGCUGAUGAGCACGCCACCGCUGACCGAAUUUUACGCGAACUGUAUCUCCAAGUCGGCCGGCGAGAACGGCGACCGGUACGAGUCGGAACGCAACCAUAUGCAUCCGACGCGGAUGAUCAGCUUUCUGGUGGGAAUGCGCGGCAAGAACGAAACGAUGGCCAUCGGAGGACCGUGGUCGCCGUCACUGGACGGCACCGACCCGCAGUCCGAUCCGACCGUCCUGAUCCGCACCGCCGUGCGCACCUGCCGGGCGCUGACCGGUAUCGAUUUGUCAAACUGCUCUCAGUGGUACCGUUUCGUGGAGCUCUAUUACCGUCGCUCUGAAUCCUACCAUAAAGGUCGUUUGAUUCCGCCGCGCGUUGAAACGGUGGUCAUAUUUCUGCCCGAUGUGCGUUCCUGUCAGCCCACGCGCUUGGAGUGGGAACAGCUUCGACUCAGCUACAAGGCCAGUCUGACUCGCAUUAUUAACUGUAGCAGCUCUAGUAGCGGCGGCGGUGGCGGUGGCGGAGGCAGCAGCAGCAACGGGGAGGAAGCAGCGGCCGACACGGCACCGCCGGCCGAGGCACCGGCCGCAGACGACGUAACGAACUCAUCUUCCACCACCACCAUCAACAACACCAUCAACAACACAUCCGCUGUAGCACCACCAUCAUCGAUUGCAGCUGCUUCCGAGCAGGCGGAAUCUUCCACAGCGUCGUCGUCACCGUCGGCGGCAGAUCUCGCGGCUGAGCCCGCGCAACAGGAGCCGCUGGUUGCUGGUGAAACGGCAGUCGCAACGAUCUCGUCGUCGGCAUCUUAUUUAGCGGCAGACUCGGCUGAUGCUGCGGAGGAGAAAGAUGCUAACGUUGGCAGCGCACCGGCAGCGGCAGAAGCAGCAUCUGCAACACCAUCUGCGAAAUCACCGGCAGCAAAACCAUCAUCGGCAGCAGCAAAACCAACACCACCAGCAGCGGCAGCCACAAAAAUGGACACCGCCGAGGGGCCGUAUUUCGUGCCGGAUCUGGUGCAGGAGUACAAAAAGAUGAAGGUGGCCGACCUGAAGGCUGAACUCAGCAAGCGCAACCUGCCGACUGAUGGGCUAAAGGCUACUCUGGUGGAGCGUCUGUCGGAAGCUGUUGUCCAGCAGCAUAAGGAAGAGCAUCAAAUGUUGAUACAGCAAGCCCUCGACGACACGCACUCCGAGAAUGAUGUAGUGGUGAAGGAGGAGGAGCAAAAUCUCGAGCCGGUGAAAAUGGAUGAGGAAGAAGAACUGGCACCGGUGGAUACAAAUAUUAAGCAAGAACAGUUUUGCGAAGGUGAAGAAGAGCCGGGUUCGGCGGAAAAGGUAGUCGUGAAGAAGGAACAGCUAAUGGAGCAGGGCAAGGAGGAAGCUCAGGAAGGGCAAGAUCCUGUGGGGGAAGCAGUAACGAUUAAGCAGGAGACGACACUGGACGUGAACACCGACGUGGAGAUGACCGAAAUUGCACUCAAACCGGAGGAUCACGAAAACAAACAGGAAAAGGACGUCGCCGAGGCUUCGAAGGUGGAUGAAGUACCAUCGAAGCUCGUGAAAGAUGAAAGCAAAGAGGGAAAGGAGGUUGCUCAACCCUUGAAGGGGGUUGAAACUCCAUCGAAGCCCGCGAACGAUGAACCCAAACAGGAAAAGGUCGUCGUGGAGGCCGCGAAGGCGGCCGAAACCCUAUCGAAACCCGUUAACCAUGAGAGCAAGCAGGAAAAGAGUGGCGCUGAGACCAUCUCCGAAAAAACGGGCUCGACAACUGAGAGUAGCAAGCCAGCAGUCGUUGCUCGCAAGAAGGAGGAACCGGUGAAGCUCACCGAGAAGGAACGGCAACUGCUGGAGCGGCGCUACCAGCUGCCGGAGAAGCCGCACAUGAUCGUUCAUCCGUCGCGGAUGGCCAAGUCGGGCAAGUUCGACUGCUCGAUCAUGUCGCUGUCGGUGCUGCUGGACUAUCGCCUGGAGGACACCAAGGAGCAUUCGUUCGAGGUGGCCCUGUUCUCCGAGCUGUUCAACGAGAUGCUGACGCGCGACUUUGGAUUUAACAUCUACCGUGCGCUGUGCGAGAUGCCGUCGCGCAAGCAGGAAUCCGACGAUUCGAAAAAGGACGGGCCCGCCGACGGCAAGGCAACGGCGGAAACCAGCGCCGCUACCAGCAACGGUGAGGAGAGCAGCGGAAAGACGUCCGAAAAAGGUGACGAAACGAAGAAGAAAUCGGCCCAUGCCGACGACAAGGAGCCGCGCGAUCGUAAGCGGUCGCGUCGCAGCGAAACACCCGAUGGGGACCGCGUAUCGCGCGACAAAGACUCCAGCAUCGUGAUCAACUCCGAGCUGCUGCUCUCGUUCGUCUACUUCGACGUCACCCACUGCGGUUACAUCGCCGAAAAGGACGUGGAGGAUCUUAUCUACACGCUCGGGCUGAACCUGUCCCGCUCACAGAUCCGCAAAACGGUAGCCAAAGCAACCACACGCGAGCCGUGGUAUUACCGCAAGCUGACUGACAAGGUGGUGUCGCUGCCGGCGGCCACUACUUCCCAAGCGGACGAAACUGUAUCACCCGCCGAGAAGGCUGCAGACGCGGACAAAACCGUCGAGAUGCAGACGGACAACGAUGCGUCCGAGGGUGCAGAAAAGAAGCAGUCGGACGAGCAGUCGGAUGCAGACGCACCGGAGGCCGUGAUUUGCGGCAACACAGACUACAAACAGCAGCUGAAGGCUAGUCUGGAGCAGCUCCUGAAAGAAUAUGACGGUGAAGGUCGACUGCGGCAACAGCAACAUGCCUCCCCCAGAAACUCUACGUCCACGAACGAGACGUCUCAACUCUCAACCACGCGUACCGGAAUCAUCGAAUACAACGGAUGCGUGGUUGACGUUGGCAAGCUGCUAGAGCAGGUGAAGCGGACCGAGUCAGCGCGCGAGGAAGGCGAGAAGCAGCUGGUGAGCCUGCAGGGCCAGUACGCGGAGCUCCUUUCGAACCACACCCGUGCCACAAGCAAAAUUAAAGACUUGCAAUCGGAAACGAAAUCCCUCAGCAAACAGCUGGCAGAUUCGGUGCGCGUUUCGAGGAACGCUUCGCAAACUCAGGCGGAAUACUUAUCCGUGAUUCACCAGGUGUACGACCGCGUCCGGCCCAUCGCACAACGUAGCACCCGGGAUGGAUCGUCCUCCGCUGGGUCUAAGCGCGAAAGCUCCAAGGAGAAGUCGUCGCGUGUGACCACAUCGUCGAAGUCGAAGGAAAAGGAAAAGGAAAAGGAAAGCCAACCGAAAGACUCCGCCGCCCGCAAGGAGGAUGACAAGGGCACGAAAGAGAAAGGCGGUGAUUCGGCGACAAAGAAUAAAACAGAGGAUGGUGUCGGCGGUGGUGACGGUGGUGGUAGUACUGGCAGUGGUGGUGAUGGAGGCACUGAUGUGGAAGCUGCCACCGGUACCACCGACUAAGGGCAUUUAGCAGGACACGGACGCAACGAAUGCGGUGGUCGGGCGAACCGCUCGAACGACAUCAGUGUACGUGUUUCUGUGCAAUAUGAAUAUGAAUAUGAAAAGGCCUUUUCUUUUAGUAACUCUUUCCCGUCAACAGUACACCAUCACGAACAGUGAUCGGAACGGAUGAACUUUUAUUCGAGAAAUAGAUAUUUUUGUUUUCCAC